AAUAAUAUGUGACACCCAGUAAAACUAGAAGAAGUCAGUGUGCACUGUCCUAAAGCUGCUUUACACUAAGACCAAACAUUCAAGAACAGUGCCGGCAUUUUACUUUCACUUAGUUUCACUGAAACAGGGAAGGUCACUUGAAUGGUUCGUGUGUGUGUUUGUGUGUGUUCGAGUCUAUGUUUACUCUGUACUAGGAUUACAUCUUUAUUUCCUAAGACAGGGGCUGUAUUAGAGUACCCCAUUGGUUGUUGAUUUAGAGAUAUGUCUGCCGAGUAGAGCUUUAUGCGAUCACCUUUUUUGUUGCUUCAAUUUUAAAAGGAGAACUCCAUAGGGUUACAUCAGGUCAUAGAUAUAGAUCGGGGGAAGUUGUUUUUUUUUUUUUGUUUCAUAGUGAGACCUCCUAGUGACAGUUGUUCUUUUGUUUUCUUCACAUCUUUGUCGUCAUUGUCCUCAUUUUUCAUUUUAAAUUUUUUGUGAGAUCUCGUCCUGGUUCUUGUCGUCGCUGUGUUUCUUCAGUAGCUGUUAUUUCUAGGGAAUGUUAGGAACAGGUGGCUAGCAAUAGGUAGGCAGGGAUUAUUGCCCUUACCAGCGUGUGAGUGUGUUUGCUGCGUCGUGGUUUCGCGUCAGAACCCGAUGUCAUACUAUGACGUAAUUUUAGAUUGUACGUAGAGUGAAAAUUUUUCGGAAGACAGCAGACGGCUGGGAGAAGUGACGAGAGGCGGACGGAGUGUGUGGAAUGUUCGAUUUGGAUCUUGUGUGUUGAUCCCAGACAAUAUAUUCGUGGUCGUCGACUAGGUGUCUGCCAAGUUGCUGCCAAUAACAAGUGCAGAUACUGCUCUAAAAUGAUUAAAAUAGUUUUCUUCUUACUACUGUUCUCUCCUUGUACCCAAGAGGGUGUCUAUGACACAGGAACACAAUGUGAUGUACUUGGAAGGAACACCCUAAAAUGCAUAUUUCCCAACAAUGUCAACUCCACGCGGACAGACUUUGCCGCCUAUUUCUAUCCCGAUGACAAUAGUUAUCCAGAGCUGCUUAUUGACUGUGGAUGGGUGGAUGACAGGCUUCAGUGCAUCCAAAAGAAAGGUUUCAGGUGCAUGAGACCAGUGUCAAACAUUGCCGAAAUCAGACUGCAUACACGGUUUGCUGUGAAAGCUGGAAAAUUCGGAUGUAUAGCUGAGGGUGUUAGUCAUGAAGAUGCCAAACUUUGUCAGUAUACUAGGAGCCAGCCUGAAGGAAAUGACGAGAGCCUGCAUGAAGAAGAAAAGAACUACAGACGUGAAUGGGUUAGAAAAAGCCUGUAUAAAUCUCUGACAAAGAGCCAGUUUAUAGAAGACACACCGAACAGUCAUCUGUAUCCUUUUGCUGGAACUAAUCUGCAUCUUUACUCCGCAGACAAAGACUUACCUCCAACUAUAGUUGUACCUGUCAUCGGAGCAGUUAUUGGGGUCUUAUUCGUCUUGAAUUGCCUUUUGCGGUACAGCCGUCUUAAUCAUAAAAAGAUGUGUUCAUCAAACUCACAGAACGCAGAAGGAGGCAGAGUGUAUGGAAAACCUAGAUGGACAUAUUUUUCUACCUUCUGCAUUUAGAGGUCUCCUCAUCACUAUUUUGUCCUGCUCAAGCCGAUGUCACUAGGC